AGAAAAGCUUGUUCUGGGGAGAUACAGAGACCUUUCCAAUGCUGCCACUAACCCCAACUCCACGCCAGAGGGAGUGGUGGUCCUGACCAGCCGCUCCCCACUGGGUCUGCUUGGUGGGCUCGCACCCACCUGCCAGAUAGAAAACGCGCCUGAGCCAAAGUGAGAAGCAGCUUCAGAUUCUCUUUGGGGAGAAAGUGCUAAGAAGCCAGGACGGUGCAGUGCAAAGUCCCCCAGACUGCCUAUACGGUGCAGUACCCAGAGUGUGUUCCGAGCUUCAUCCCUCGGGUGCCUGAGCUGGCACCUGGCACCCUGUUGCUGCUGCAGUUGGCCACACCAACCUCCUGGACGCCCUUUAUACAGGUGCCUUGACUCCCACGGGACCUGGUAUCGCCAUGCUGGCUACAUGGUUCACCAUGCUGCUGGUACCCUCUUGCUGUCUGCUGCAAGCUCCUCCAGGACUUUCAUCUCCUUCUCUGCAUUGAAUGUUCCAGAUGAUAAUCUGCCUAUCAGGAACCUCAGGAUGGACCCCCAUUCCCAGAGGCUGACCUGGGAUCGCAGUGGAAAUGUGAGCGGAAUUGAGUGCAUCAAAAACUCCAGGCAGAAGCUGAAGGCGCGGGAGGACAGGUACUGCGAGUACCGAGUGCUGUCCUUGUGUGAGCCGACAAAUUACACCGUGCGUGCAGCCAGCCCACCCUUCUCCACGUGGAUUCUGUUCCCGCAGCCAGGUGGAGACUCUGCAGCUGCUGCUCAGAAUGUGACCUGCAAGACUGCUGGCGGGGAUGCCCUCACCUGUCACUGGGCAGUGGGCAGCGCAGCCCCCUCUGACGUGCAGUAUCAGCUCAGCUGGAUAGAUCAGGGGAGCAGCAGGUGGCGAGCAUGCCUGAACUACCAUGUGGACACCUGGGGCCGGCAAGUUGGCUGCCGCGUGGACGGCAUCUCCCAGUACUGCCCGGAGCUCUGGGUGCAUGUGUUUGGUCAGACCCGGGCCUCCAGGAUUCCCUGCAGCUCCAAGGUCCUGACCUUUUCCAGCCUGGAGCUACUGAGGCCACCCAACAUCACCACCAGGUGCAACGAAACACACUCACAGCUGCACUGGGAGACGCAGAGCCACUUCAACUGCAGCUUCCGGUACACACUGCACAUUCAGAAGGCCCUGGAACCUCCAAUGAAGGACAUCGUCCUGCAAGACACAAACUCGUUCACGCUGCUGCAUCGCGGUGCAUUCAUGGUGAAGAUCAAGGUGGAAGAAGUCCUCUCAGAGGCCAGCAGUGACUGGAGCGAGCCACAACACUUCGCAUGUGACUCUGAAGAGGAGAAAGCUUCGAGUGGCAUCUGGCGGACGUCUCUGCUAAUGGCACUGGGGACACUGCUGGCCCUGCUGCUGGCCGUGCUGCUGUGCAGGCGGUUCUCGGUGAUACAAAGAGUCUUCCCCCCAAUCCCCCGCAUGAGGGACCCCACACGAGGCCACGGGCAGCACGAAGAGCUGGUGGUAUGGGACCUGGGCCCCAGUGGCCAGGAGGACUGUCCUGUGGCCCAGCUGCAGGUGCAGGAAGAACCAUGAAGUGGCUGUCCUGAGUCUCCUCUGUUGCACAUGUGCUGUGCCCCCUUCUCGCCUGCCUGCUCAGAGCCACGCUUGCAAGCCCUCCUCGGGGAUGCCAGUCGAUCCACACCUGCAGGCUCUUCACCAACCGCCCAUGCUCGGCUUGGGGAUGGGCUAUGGGGAGACCUCAGCAGGUGCAGGGGAACUUGGGGUGAAGCUGCAUACUUGUGACCCCAAGAUGCAUCUGGAGCAUCUGGACCCCAAUGCCCAAGGCAGUGGGCAGGUGGGAGGCCGGGUGGUGGUAAAGCCAGCUUCUGGGAAAAGGCCUUCCUGAGGGGGAAUUGGCUCAGACUUCCUGCCUCCCCGGCCUUGAUGCCGCUCUGGCUCCGACCCAGUUUCCUAAUGGCCCGAGUGUCUGGACCCUGGCAUCCACAAGGGAGGCCCGGCUGGAGCUCCAGCCCUGGCCAUCGUGACCAUCGGGGGGCGCGAACAAGUGGGUGGAAGAUCUC